GAACAGUGCCCGGCUGUGUGACUUGGCUGUCCCGAUAGCUGUCUGUCUGAGGAGAAUAUUAAACCUGUCAACCCACCAACACUCACCAAAUACCUAUCUGAUCAUCUGCUGCAAAAUUACAAAAUAACCAUCAAGUAAAAUGUUUUAUUAUCCUAACGUUCUUCAACGCCAUACGGGCUGCUUUUCCACUAUUUGGUUGGCGGCAACCAAAGGGAUUCGGAUAACUCGCAGGGAACUCAUGAAAGUGAAUGUUGGACGGACAUGUGAGGACAUCCUGGACUACGUGACAGUUCGGAUGCCCCCGCUCCACCCCAGUCUCCCGCGGCCCAGAUUCUCCCUCUACCUGUCCUCCCAACUUCAGUAUGGCAUCGUGAUCGUCUUCCAUCGCCAGUGUGCCUUUCUACUGGACGAGGUGCAGCAGAUCAUCGACCGCCUGCUGCGCUCUGAGAGACACAUGCGCAUCGACAUGGCCGAACCUGACAGGCUAGCCCUGGAUGUACCUGACUCCCUGCUGCUCCUGAGGGAGGCAGAGGGGGCACAGGACCCCUUCUUUGGGGUGAUGGGCCUGGAGCAAGAGCUGCCCAGCCCCUAUAAAAUGCCCCAGCCCUGGCAGCUGAUGGACACAGUGACUCCACAGCGCUUCCUGGUGGACAGUCUGAGAUCUGCACAAAACCAGGAAGGGUUCCUCUCUCCUCCAGGGUUCAGGUCUCCUCCAGCUGGGAUCUCCCUGCAGGAGAAGGAGCCUCUGGUCAUCCUGGAGCCUGAGUUUGCUGGAGCAGAGCUUCCAGAUGCCACCGCCACCGAGAUAGACCUUCUGCUGGAGCAGCCAGAUCUGUUCCUCAGGGGAGAGGCAGACCAGGAGAGAACAACUGAGAGAGCCACCACCUCCAUAGACCAGCUGAUGGAGUCUGUACUGGGGCAGGACAGGGAUGGUCUCUGGCUGCAGGACGAGCAGGCUGACCAGCCCCUCAAGGUCAUUACUGCGGAGACGACCCCUCAGCUGGUGGCCACGCCCCCUGCCUUGGCCAGCUCAGAGAGAGAGGGGAGAUCCUAUGGAGAGGGUGAUACUCCUUCCAGGAAGCCUGGUCGCAGACGUCAGCUGAUCUUCGCUGACCCCCAUGUGCAAAUCUCCCAGGAUGCAAUGCGGGUGCAGAUUGGGGACCCCCUAGCUGAGACCCUUCCUUUAUCUCGGGUGUUAAUGGAACGUCCCUCUACGACCAAGACCCUCCCUGCUGUGCUCUUCAGUGCCCCCGCUGGCCCCCACUGCCACUCCGACCUCCUGUCACUAUGGAAACAGUGUGCGGUCCUCACCACCCUCCCUCGCUCCGGGGAACGGAGAGGGGAGGGGGAGGGGGGAGCAUCCAGCUCUGUGCUGGGGAGAGAGGUGGUGAGAAGGUCCAGCAGGAGAGAGGUCCCUCGUGAGCUGGUGGAGUCAGGACUCCAGUCUGAAGCCUCAGCGUUAGCGGUAUCGGGGAUUCAGCUGGACGUGUCAAAGGAGGACAGGUCUCUGGACCAGAUCACACCAGCCAGCAGAUGGUCCCCCCAGGAUGAGCAGCAGGGGAACAUGGAGCCCAUAGUGGAGGAACACGUACCACUUCCUGAAGGAGAAGCAGGAACAGGAAGCUGGGACGUCUCUACACAGGAAGUGCUCAGGCUGGUCACCUCCUGUCUCCAGACGUUUGGCCAGGCGGUCUUCCACUCUCUGCUGCCCCCCGAGGCAGAGCGUGGUACUGCAGCCAGCGUGUUCUACAGCCUGCUAGAGCUGGUGUCAGAGAGGAAGCUGGCUGUGAGCCAGGCCCAGCCUUAUGGACCAAUCAGCAUCCACCAUGCCCAGCUCACCUGGACCUGCUGAGACUGGCAUGGAAACACACACACACACUGACAGAUAAUGUUGUUGUUAUGAGAAUCUCUUUCAUCAAAUCAUCCCAGAAACGGGGUUCUGACAUAAAACUGAAAUGAUGUAGAGCAUUUUUGAUCAUUUUUAUAUUAAUGCACUCAGGAGGUUUAGAUUACUGUUCCAUAAGGCUGUUUGCUCAAGUUUUACAUACAGUGUUUUACAUACAGUUAAACUUUUUAGCGGUUUAUAUAUAUAUUUAUCAAUAUAUUUAUUGUAAAGAAUUUAUUACCCAAACUGUCUUUUCUAUAUUUAAUAUGUUUUAUAAAUAGACAAUGUUUUGUCCUGG